GGAGUCCCCCUCUACCCAGUGAGCUUUACCCAACUUCUGCGCUGCUCGCCAGACCCGCUGCUCAGAGUCGCUCCUGGCAGGAAAACCAAGAGUUUUUGGGAAACUGCACGCACCACUUUUGAGGGGCUCCGGAGGAAGACGGACAGCAGCGGUCCCUCUCAGGAGCGGAAACCUCUGUUUACCAGAAGACCCUGCGGACCGCACCGCCAGAUGCCUUUCCCGGAGGGGAUCCCUCUCUCAAUGGAUUCAUUUCAGACUGAACGGAUGUUGAGCUUACCCGCCGAGCUGGGCAGCAACAACUUAGAGCUGGCGGAGUCGGUGGAGCGAGAGGCAACAACGGCUGAAGUAGACACGGGUCCCCAGCAGGAGGCGGCUAUAGAGGGUUCCGAACCUCCACAGAUGCGAGAGCCUGAGCAAGAGCAGCCUCCGAGGACCUCGACGCCCCCGGAGUGCAAAGUCCUGCUCUCACAGGCCGAUGCCUUGGCGUCUGGGGGGCGCCUCCGCGAAGCCCUCGAGGUGUACAGACAACUCUCAGAGCGGCAGCAGCUGGUGGCCGAGCAGCUAGAGCAGUUGGUGCGCUGCCUGGCAGAGAACGUCCCGCAAGUAGAGGCACAGGCGCCCGCGCUGGCUCCCUCGGACGGGAACAGCUCGACAGGCUGCACGGUGACCGCGGAAGAGGCAGGAGAGGCGGCAGCUUCGGCCACCGAGGUGUGGGAUGGCUUUAAGUGCCGGAAGUGUCAUGGAUUUUUAUCAGACCCGGUGUCCUUGUCUUGUGGCCACACCUUUUGUAAACUUUGUUCCCGGGCCCGGCGCGGGCGUCGCAACUUCGGCACGAGGGCAACCGGCUGUACCGAGAGCGCCAGGUGGAGGCGGCGCUGCUCAAGCGCUCCGCGUCCUCUCCUCUCCUGCCUGCGCGAGAUGUCCAGUCGGCGCCUGCGUCUGUCGCUCCCGCCUCUGGGAGUUGUCCCUUCCGGGGCUGCGGCUCCUCGUAGGUGCCGCUGCCAGCCAACAGCCCACGCCUGCCUCCAUUCCCUUAACCCCUCCACCAGCCCAGCGACUGGACCAAGCAAGUGCUGGGGCUUCCUCCAGAAACAUGGGCUGCUUUUGAAGGAAGCAUGCCUCUGUUCAGCUUUCCGCAGCCGCCUGAAGAAGGCUGGGUGGGCUUUGCAGACUCAAGGACAAAGUGGGCAGUCCCACACCUCUGGCUGGUCGAUUGCACCCGAGUUCUUUAGAGACCUGGUUUACUCCCAGAUCCCCCACACACCGGGACCUAAGAAGUGGCCGCCUAACUGCCGGCCAGUAUCGCCCAGCUCAGGCAGCUUGCCAGCAGCUCUGCCGGGCCAGCUCGGAGUCUGGUGA